AACACGAAAUCAUUCACGUCACGAUCACAGAUUUCUUCACGGAAAAACAAAACGAAAAGCAAGUCAUCGGCGAUUUGAAGCUUUAUUUUGUAUGUAUUGGUUAUAAAUAAACAAAAUAUUCCAAUUAUGUCAGUUAAUAAUGAAGAAACAUUACGGCAGUUUUGUGACGUUACUGGCGCGGAUGAAAGUCGGAGUAGGUUCUUUUUAGAAUCUUCAAAUUGGCAACUUGAAGUAGCAUUGUCUUCUUUCUAUGAGCACGGAGGUAACAUAGAAGAGGCUCCAGUGAACACGGCCGCACCAGCACCAUUACCAACGUUAAUUGAUAGUGACAUGGAGUCUCCACCGGGAUCCCCAGAGAGACCACAGAAGAAAGACAAGAAAAAAGCUAGUUCUAAGUUUGCUACGUUAAAUUCUCUGCAGCAGGAAAGCUCUAGUGAAGAUGAGGAAGGGCAAGCAUUUUACGCUGGAGGCUCGGAGCGUUCCGGACAACAAAUCCUUGGUCCAGGCAAGAGCAAGAAAGAUAUUGUUACAGAGAUGUUCAAGAGUGUCAGAGAGCGUGGUGCAGUGGUGUUUGAAGACGAACCAUCAUCCACCAGCAGGGGGCGCGGCGGUCUGUUCUCUGGCGUCGGGUAUAGAUUGGGUCAGACAUCGGAUGACCACGAGCCAGUGACGCCUGCUAAUGCGUCGCAACCCCAGCAGCCAGAGUCGCGCUCAGUGCGCCUGCGACUGUACCGCGAAGGAUUCACUGUGGACGACGGCCCGCUGCGACUAUACUCGGACCCCGGCAACGCUGAGUUCCUCUUCUGCAUCAGACAAGGCGAGGUGCCCCCGGAGCUGGGUCACGAGGGCGAGGUGCGCGUGAGCCUGGAGGACCGCCGCCUGGACGAGUGUCCGCGCGCGGCCUCGCGUGCGCAGGCCUUCUCCGGCAAGGGGCAGAUGCUGGGCAGCCCGACGCCGCCGACGGUGGGCGCCACGGCCGCGGUGGCUGCGGCGCCCAGCGACCGCGAGGCCAACCAGCGUGCCGCGCAACAAGCUGUCGCUUUGGACAAUAAUCAGCCGCAGACCAACAUACAGUUCCGCCUAGCCGACGGCAGCCGGCUGACCGGACGCUUCAACCACAGCCACACCAUCGCCGACCUGCGGCAGUACGUGGUCCGCGCCGAGCCCUCCUACCAGCUGCAAAACUUCGCCCUCCUCACCAGCUUCCCCUCGGCUGAGCUGCAGGACUCCUCCCAGACAGUGGCACAAGCUAAUCUUCUCAACUCCACCCUACUCCAGAGGCUAAAAUAGACUUUGUGAAUUAAUAAUAAACAGCCCAGCACUUUUGCUAUUUUUAUUUUAGAGUUUGCAGUUACGAGCCACGGCCCGUUAUUACGUUGCGGCUCCGUUGUUUUCAGUUGUUGAUAUUAACGUGCGUCGACGUCAAAUCUUCAUUUCUGCGUUGUCCGUCAACGGACGUCAACGCAACUGAAGAUGACACAGCGCGUUGUUUUCUAUAAGUUGUGACAUUGACAACAAUAUCUAAGUUGUUUUGCGUUGAUCCGUCGACGGACAUCAACGCAACGUAGGACGACGGAGCGCAACGUAGUAUUGGGGCCUAGCUCUUAAAGUCAUAGCACAUUUACCGCGCCGCUCACCCGGCUAAAUGUUUAUUGAAAACUGAGUUUUAAUGCAUUGUCUGUAGACAUAAUUUAGAUUGACGACAUGAGAGCUAGAGUGGUAAAGUUUGGAACUAUCAAUGUAACAGAUCCGACGUUGUGGUUAGCUACAGAAGCGCCACAAUCUGCAAGACUUCUAUCGUGGCAAACUGUAUCUACCUACAUUAUGUCGUCAGUGUAUGCUUCUAUAAGCAAUGUACAUUAGAUGGGGAGAAUACAUCGAUUUAAAAGGAAACCGCGCGCGGUCCUUAUCUCUGGGAAGACAAGCCACAUAUACGGCCCUUCUAAAUCUAUGUAUGUACUCUACGGAACUAUAAAGCGGAACACAUUUCCUUUUUAUUACAAUUUACAUGAGAUCGAUGACGUCCUAUAUCACUCGAGCCCUUCUAAAUCUAUGGAAAAACGAUAGGUAUGUUGCGCGUCAAAUGGUCCCUAGCGUAUUCGUGGCAUAACUCCGCUAACUACAUAGUUAUUUAAUUAGAAUUUAAUACAAUAUUUUAGUUUAUCUGGUAGGUACCUACCCAUUCCCUUUCGUGAAGUAUCUAGUGUAUUUGCUAACUUCAAAUUAUGUAAAAACGCAGGUUCGUUGAAUAUACCUACUUAUCAGUCAACUGUGAUUGUAUUAUCUCUAUAAGACCUUUUUAUACAUUGUAGUAAUAACUUGAAAGGGCAAUAAUAAACCAACUACAAAACUAA